UGGGGCAGAGACAGAGAAGAGCGUACCAUAAGAAGGGUAGAACAGAGGGUACCACAUGAGCACCUGACAAAAGAGCCAGCCAGGGAUCCAGCAAGGAGGAUCCAACAUCACAAUUAGCCAUUCUUUGCUUUCGGGACCUCCAACAUAUUUAGGCUCCUACCAAUCCUCCUCUCACUCGCUCUCUAUUUCACUUCUUCUUCAAAAGCCAGUCAGGUCUGGAAAAAGGUUCAAUCUUUAGAGCCUGGAAAUGUCUUUAACGUGCGUGAAGAUGUCGGAGGACGUCUGGUUAACUUGUAUGACUCAUGCAUUGUCCACCGAGACCGAGGAGAUCAUGGGCCUCCUCCUUGGUGAUAUUGAGAACUCUGCGAAUGGUGGUGUGACUGCAGUAAUUUGGGGAGCAUCGCCUCAAACCCGAUCAGAUAGGAGGAAAGAUCGUGUUGAGACUAAUCCUGAGCAGUUGGCUGCUGCAUCAGCUCAAGCCGAAAGAAUGACAUUAUCAUCUGGAAGGACAACUAGAGUGAUCGGGUGGUACCAUUCACAUCCUCAUAUAACAGUUCUUCCUUCCCAUGUUGAUGUACGAACUCAGGCAAUGUAUCAACUUCUAGAUUCUGGGUUCAUUGGGCUGAUUUUUUCCUGUUUCAGUGAAGAUGUAAACAAGGUUGGACGAAUACAAGUCAUUGCCUUUCAGUCCUCAGAUGGGAAGCAGCAUCACAUGUCAAGACCUAUAUCUUUAUCUCCAGUAAAUAGAAGUUCAAUUAUAGAAGUCGAAUCGUCUUUGAGUACCUCAGAAGGUGCUUCAGUAAGAUCUGGCUUUACUAGAGCAGAAGCUGUUGAACAAGACACAGCUGAUUCAAGAACUUCUGGAACUCUAAAGGUUGGCGGAAGAUCUUCAGACCUUGGACUUUUUUUUGCUGGUGCUGAGGCAAAUGGUCAAGAAAGAGAAAGAGUUGGAGGGAACUACCCCCUGGAAACUUCAGCCAAUAAUGUUGUUGAUAUAGAUCCCAUGGAUAUGUCUGACAGUAUGCAAGAAGCAAUGCACCGUUCGAAUUUGGAUAUGAGUGGUGCUGAGUAUGUCAGAAAAGAAGUUCCUCUAUAUGUUUUACCGACCUCAUCUCUUAUUAAGCUCAAUUCACCUCUAAUGUCAUUUACGGAACUGCAACGGGUACUGUAUGAGGAGGAGCGAGCGGCAUAUAACCAAGCAAUCGUGCAAAAUAUGAGGGAUGGGAAAAUGCAUCCACUUACUUUCAUACAUCACACAUCAAUGUAUCAAUCUUCCAUGUGCAAAUUAAUCGAAUAUUGCUUAAGUCCUGCCAUUGAUGCACUUCAGUGUCGGUUAAGAGAAAAUGAAAUUCGGUUGGCAUUGCUCACCGAUGAAGUGAAGGGUUUGGAGAAUGAAGCACGUAGAGGAAGCGAAUCAAGUUCUGGAACUUCUCGUCAAGUUUUAUCACCUGCACUCCGAGGAAAUGCCCCUUUAGGCCAUAAGGAAAUGUUUAGUCCAGCUGGAUCUAUCAGUCCAAGGAGUGUAACUGGUCCUGGUAGUCGAAGCAGAAAAGGAUCAUCAUAGUGCAAUCCAGAGGAAAUUCAGCCAAUGCAUGCUAUAUUAUUUGGAUUGCGCGUAUGUUUUGCUAAAACCAGUUAUGCCUCUGCUUGGUAUGAAAGUUGUAUCUCUGGUAUAGGCUUCAUGUUGAUUCUUCAAAAGAAAGAUGCCCUAUUUAGUGAAAAGAAACAAUCUAUGGUUCAAAUCACAUCUGUAUCUUACAUGCGCAUAUAAAAAAAAUGCAUAUUUGUUUCAUCAAAAUCGAAUCAUGCAUUUUGACUGUCUUGGUAUUACACAUAAUCUUCUAAUGCAGUUCACUAAGCAAGGGCCCUCUUAACAACUCUUACGUAAUUGCCCCUCUAAACGGUAACUCUGAGCUCAUUCAUCCCAUUGUGAUCAACACAUUUUCAAUUUACAUGUAACAUAUUCAAUUUUGUUUCAACGUAGGCGUGGAAUGCUCUAGCUUUGGUGCUGAAUCUGAACCCAAACGGUUGGCUCCAGACAUGCAUGUUCCAUAUCACAGGUCUCCAUUGGCGAGAGAUUACAUUAUAGCUGGAGGACAAAAGCAUAUUUGUAAUACAAAAGAACGUACAUAAACAAGGGAGUUCAGUAUGAUAUGCCAUAUUAGAUAGUGAACUCAAGGGUCCCAAAAUGACAUGGUCAAAGGAGCUUUCCAGGUUCAUAUGUAUGAUUUGGUCUGAUUAGUAGAUUUGUUGUGGUAAUAGGGAUACAGAAUCUGUAUUUUCUUUUAUUGUGGG